AUGACAAUAAUCGCUUUUAUCUCCCAAAAAGGAGGCGUCGGAAAAAGCACCCUUGCCCGAGCCUUGGCUACCGAAGCCACUAAAAAGAAAAUUAAAGUUCUUUUAGCUGAUUGCGACCACCAACAAAAAACUAAUGCUCCGGCCAGAACUAGCACAGGAACAUUAGAGAUAGCCAAAAGAGCUGAUUUAAUAAUUCAACCGGUCGGAGCCAGCCGAGAUGAUUUAUUACCCGCUUUACGAGAAUUCAACGCCUUAAAAGCCCAAUGUAUUAAUAAAGAUAAAUUAUUAUUUGUGCUUAAUCACUUGUCUACCCCGGCCGAAGUAUUAGCUACCCAAGAAUAUUUAACCGAAAGCACUUAUUCUUUUGCUCCUUUUUACUUGUAUGAACGAGCCUCUUAUCGCCAAGCCCAAAGCGAAGCUUUUGGUGAAAUACCGCAAGAAAUCAGUGCUAAUUUACAGGCUCCCGAGUUGGCUCCGUCAGAUAAAAGAUUUACCGGACGGACUAAACAAUUAAACUUUAAAGAGAAAUGUAUGUUAGUGGAAUUAUUAGAAAAAGCAUUUGUGGAAUAUGAGAAACAGCAAAAGAAAGAAAAUCAACCUCAGCCAAUCUACUCUCUUGCUCCUGAUUUAGACGAAUUAAACCAAUAUCCUACUUACUGUGCUGAUUGUGGAGAAGCUACCGAGCAAGAACCCGAAUUUUGUUCUUUUCGCACUGAAACUAACCAAGAACCCUGUCUUCAUUUUAUUUUUGAUAAAAAAAAGCAAUUGUGCCGUUCGCAUAAUAAACAAGUGUGA